GGCGCGCGGCGCCCGGAGCUGGCCGUGGUGCUGAGCGCGCGGCGCGGUCGGGCGCGGCUGCCGGCCCUGCCGAGGCUGCGUCCUGCGACACUCCCAGCCCCAGCGCAGCCGCAGGCAGCAUGGAGCUCAAGAGGGGGAAGACCUUCAUCAAAUCGAGCCUGCAUGUUUCCCGCGAGAAGUCCCCAGACACAGCAGCUCUUGCCCAGGGCAGGGAGGAGGCGGGCCUCUGGUCGGUCUCACCGGGAGGACAGCAGCGGCCCCACGGUAAGAGGAGCCCCCUGGUCAGUCCCAGCACGCAAGGAUACGACAGACACCCCAACAAAGGGGCCCAGCCAGCCCUCGAGGGGGAUGCCACAGCCUCCUGUGGGGCCACCUUCAAACUGGUACGGAAAAGCAAGACUCACGACAGCGUGCCCGGGGCUGGCAGGGCGGCCGCAGCUGCUGGGCACCUGGUGGGCAGUGCCAGCUUCCCGGGGCCUCCCAGCAGCCAGCGCAUGAUUGACUAUCGCAACUUCGUGCCCCAGAUGCCCUUCGUGCCAGCUGUGGCCAAGAGCAUCCCAAGGAAGAGGAUUUCCCUGAAACGCCCCAAGAAGUGCUUUCGGAACCUAUUCCACAUUCACAGAAGUAAGACUGAGAGCUUGGCCUCGCUGGCAACCAAGGGGAAGAGCCUGUCCUCCCCCGGGGGCCCUUCGGAGGCUAGAGGGCAGUGGGGCAAAGCCUUCCUCCCCUUGGGCGAGGGGCUGGGACUGGACAGCCUGUGCCAGGACCUAUCUGAUAGUGAGCUCCUGCCCGACUCUUCCUUCGACCUCUGCAGGGCCCUGUGUGAGGACGUGGCCUCACUCAAGAGCUUCGACUCACUCACAGGCUGCGGGGAGAUCUUUGCGGAUGAGAGCUCAGUGCCAUCCCUGGAGCUGAGUGAUGGCCCAGAGAGCCCAGCCCAGGCAUCUCCCCGGGGUCCCUUCCAGGGCAGCGUGGAGCAGCUGGCGUCUCCUGCCCAGAACGAGACGUCUGACUUGGCCAAGUUCUGGGACAGCGUGAAUCACACCGUGAGGCAGCACCGCACCCUCCUGGGCCCGUGGUUAGGGGCUCCGCAGGAGACAGACACAGAGCAGCCGAGGCUGGAUGCAGCGGAGCUUGCCGAGCUGCCCCUGGGCCCCUGCAGGGACCCCCACAGUGGCUCCAAAGCCAGCUCUGUAGACACAGGCACCCCCAAGAGCGAGCAGCCAGAGUCUGUGUCCACGAGCGACGAGGGCUACUACGACUCCUUCUCGCCUGGCCUUGAGGAGGACAAGAGGGAGGCCCUGAGCCCAGGCACACAUGCGGCUGCCUUGCCUCGGGACAGCUACAGCGGAGACGCCCUCUACGAGCUCUUCUAUGACCCCAGCGAGGGGCCUGUCCGGCCAAGCCUGGAUGAUGACCUGUGCGUGUCGGAGAGCCUGUCGGGACCGGCCCUCGGAAUGCCACUGUCCAUGUGCAGCUUCCACGUCGGGGCGGAGGAGAACCUGGCCCCGGCACCCGGCCCAGACCUGCUCAGCCAGGGCUUCCUGCAGAGCUCCUGGAAGGGCAAGGAGUGCCUGCUGAAGCUCUGUGACACGGAGCUUGCCAUCACCAUGGGCAUUAUCAACUGGCUGCGCCGGGGCCCUGAGCUUCGCGCCCGGCCCGCCUCAGCCCCUGGGGAGCCCUCCACCCAGCCGAGGGGACCAGUGGAGAAGCAGGCAAUGGGCUCUGAGAACAGGGGCCCAGGUCCAGAGAAACUGGAGGGCAGGGAGGCCCAGGCCUCAGGUACAGGUAGGACCCCCGUGGGCUCAGCUCCUAGCAGGCAGGAGCCGUGGGCACAUGCGGGGAGCAAGGGCCUGUUUGCUGGAGACAGUGAGGUCCUGGCAGGGGCCGACCAGGGGACCAGCUCUCUGUGCACAGACCUGUCUCUGGAGUGUGUGCAGGUCUCUGGGGAGGAGGGGACCCGGAGCUGUCAUGAAGGCUCAUUCUCCUCCAUGGAGUCUUCAGCCUCUGUGACAACAGACCUGUCCCGGGAAGACAAGGUCCCGGACCCCUCUGCCUGGCCCAGCUCCCGGGAGCCCAGGCCACCUGGGAGCCUGGGGUGUUUCCGAGGUCCUUGGAGGCCAGGUCUUGAGGGCAGCUCUCUGGAGGCAGAACCUGCCCUGACAGGCUGUGUGGCCCAAAUAGCAGCCCUGCAGAUCCACCCAGACCACUGGCUCCCCACUGCGCAGCCCCCAAGGCAGGAUGCGGGCCAUAGGGCCUGUGGGCAGCCUCACACCAGGGGCCCUGACAAUCUGCAGUGGAAACAGCCUAAUGGCUUUCCUAGCAUGGCCGCUGCCUGUGGCCUACCCUCUCUGGCCAGCCCGCAGGACCAGAGGUGCCCAGCCCAGGACCUGGAUCUGAGCCGACUUGGGGUGGAGCCCACCAGGCUGGAUGCCCAGGCCCAGGUCUCUGUGGAUAGCCAGCCCCUGCAACUCAGCUCAAGGGCACACAGGGGCCCGCUGGACUCAUAGUCCCCCCGGACUGCUGCCCAGCUGAGCC